UGGAAACUUCUCAUCUUUUGCCAGACUGCCGGAGAGGGAGCCAGUGGAAGAAGUAGCGGACUUAGUAUCUGCCCGAUAGCCUUUCCUCAAGAGGAGAGACGCUGCCGAAUCUGCAGGCUCUUUGCUCCUCAAGUGACCAGCUCCGAGAUACUGAGGGUGGGAGAGGCGGAAAGAAAAUCCACCCCUGGGGCUUAGCUUCUUAGAGUCGUCCGCAAAUAUAAUCUGAGCUGAAGGGGCAGCGACUAGGUUCACAGGGUUUUUAAAUCCAUCUCGAGUCCUGAGGACUGGCGUGAUUCCCCUAGUUUUGGCUAGGAAACCUCACAGUCUUGAGUAAAACCAGGGACUUAGAGCCUCCUUCAAUCCGGGAAGGCGAGUCUUUUCUCCUCUUAAGCAUUCAGAAAGUUACUCAUUUGUGGACUUUUUUUUUUUACCAUUUCUUUUAGAUUAAAAGAAAACGGAAAUUUUAACGUUGGUAUCGUCUCUGCCAGAGGGAAGGAGGGGCCUUUUCAAGUGGAAAGAGACAUUUAGCCCAAGUGGAAAGUACAGUCCAUUGACAAUUCAGCCCAAGAACGGGUUAACUGCCUCCUACUGGUUCAGUUUACAUGUAAAUAGAGAGCAGCUGCUCCUCUCCAGCUCCGGCAGGCUCUUUUAAGGUUUUGAUUGGCUGCCAAUGACAUCACCGCCCGUGUUACAACAUAGAGGACCCGAAGCAGCGUCGGAUGAACCCUCCUUAAAGAGACAGGGCCACGCCCCCGACCCCGCCCCCUCUCGACACCCAUUGGCUGCUGGCUGCUGUGAGGUGGCAUUUGGGUUUCACCUAGAGCCUAUUGGCCCAGACCGUUAUCCGUCUGAGCUUGGCCCGCCUCCUACGAACCUUACAUUUACAGUGUAGCAAAAGAGAAAGUAACUAUGUUGCAGCUGGAGAUCAAUGAAGCUAAGUGAAUGGGGGUUUAAUGUACGAAUCGAUAGCUACAGUGAAGCGCCAAAUGGUGGAGGGAUACACUUAUUUAUGAAACUAUCUUGAGUUCUUCUUGAAUUGCCAGUUUUCAGCCUCCUCAUGCCUCCAUCUCCUUUAGACGACAGGGUAGUAGUGGCACUAUCUAGGCCAGUCCGACCUCAGGAUCUCAACCUUUGUUUAGACUCUAGCUACCUUGAAUCUGCCUCUUCUAUCAGUGAUAACCACGUAGCCGUGAUUGCCACCACCGUUGUGUCUCUAAAGGCUGCGAAUCUGACGUAUAUGCCCUCAUCCACCUGCUCUGCCCGCUCCCUGAAUUGUGGAUGCAGCAGUGCCAGCUGCUGCACUGUGGCAACUUACGACAAGGACAAUCAGGCCCAGACCCAAGCCAUUGCUGCCGGCACUUCCACCAACAUAGGAACCUCUACUGUCUGUCCUGCCAACCAGAUGGUCAACAACAAUGAAAAUCUUGGCUCUUUAAGUCCAUCAGGUGGGGUGAGCAGCCCCAUGUUGGGGACCCCCAAGCCACUAGCCAGCAUCAAAAUAAUCUACCCCAAUGACUUGGCAAAGAAGAUGACCAAAUGUAGUAAAACUCACCAACAGAGCCAGGGUCCUGUCAUCAUUGACUGCAGACCAUUCAUGGAAUACAAUAAGAGCCACAUCCAGGGGGCUGUCCAUAUUAACUGUUCUGAUAAAAUCAGCAGGAGAAGAUUGCAGCAAGGCAAGAUCACAGUCUUGGACUUGAUCUCCUGCAGGGAAGGCAAGGACUCUUUCAAGAGGAUCUUUUCCAAAGAAAUCAUAGUUUAUGAUGAGAACACCAAUGAACCCAGCCGGGUGAUGCCUUCACAACCACUUCACAUAGUCCUAGAGUCACUGAAGAGAGAAGGCAAAGAGCCUCUGGUUUUGAAAGGUGGACUCAGUAGUUUUAAGCAGAACCAUGAAAACCUCUGUGAUAGCUCCCUCCAGCUGCAGGAGUGCCCAGAGGGUGGUGGGGGAGCAUCUGCAGCCUCCAGCGUGCUACCUCAACCCCUCCCCCCCAUGACCCCUGACAUUGAGAACGCGGAGCUGACCCCCAUCCUGCCCUGUUUGUUCCUCGGCAAUGAGCAUGAUGCUCAGGACCUGGACACCAUGCAGCGACUAAACAUCGGCUAUAUCAUCAAUGUCACCACCCACCUCCCCCUCUACCACUAUGAGAAGGGCCUGUUUAACUACAAACGACUGCCUGCCACAGACAGCAACAAACAGAACCUGAGGCAAUACUUUGAAGAGGCUUUUGAGUUCAUUGAGGAAGCUCACCAGUGUGGGAAAGGACUUCUCAUCCAUUGCCAGGCAGGAGUGUCCCGCUCGGCCACCAUUGUCAUUGCCUACUUGAUGAAGCACACCCGGAUGACCAUGACUGAUGCUUAUAAAUUUGUCAAAGGCAAACGACCAAUUAUUUCUCCCAACCUUAACUUUAUGGGGCAAUUGCUGGAGUUUGAGGAAGACCUCAAUAAUGGAGUGACACCAAGAAUCCUUACGCCAAAGCUCAUUGGAGUGGAGACAGUUGUGUGACCACUGUGUGAUGUUAUUCAUUUGAUUUGGAGGAGGGAGGGUUGAGGUUGUUUAUUAUUAUUAUAAUUGUUAUUAUUAUUAUUAAUAUUCUUUUUUGAGAUUGGGGGUAAAGUUUGUUAGUUAAACAAACAUUUAAAUGCUUUUUAUUUUUAGCAAGUGUGAGAACAAUUUCACGUCAGUUGACAUUGAAAUUCGUGUCCCACAAACUCAUCAAAAACAGGGAAACUAAAGAGGUCACGUAAAAAACCAAUGGUAGAAACAAAACAGCACUUGGUAUUGUUGUUCCAUCUGACUCCCUACCCCCAUUCUGUCUCCCCUUUUCAGCUACGUGUAGACUUUAUGGCUAAGUAGUCUGUGCAGGUUCAUAGACCCAAUAAAUUACUUAAAAAUUUUUAAAAAAAUUAAAUAGUCAAAAUUAAGCAUUAAAUACACCGAAACAAAAAGGCCUUGAUUCUGCCAAGGCUGUUGAUACAGAAAACACAAACCAAAUCUAGCUGUGGUCAUUGGUGAAAAGGAGGUAUCAAGACAGCUUUAAUUGCCUAAAGAACCCUUCACUCACUCUUUUAAAGAGAUAAAAGGUACUGUUGAUUAUGUUUGCUUCAUAUGCUGAGAUUGGGGUUUUUUUUUUGUUUGUUUUUGUUUUUUUUUUGGUUUUUGGUUUUGGUUUUUCCCCUCUUGGGUUUAAAAGGUUUCUAAAAAACAAGGAACUUGACCAUCAUGCCAUAUGCCUUCACUGGCUUCUUGUGCAAUAAUAAAAUGUUUUGAGUGUGCAAACCAGUUAGAGCUGGCUCUUUAAUAAUAGAAAGGUAGGACAAACAUGGCCAGCUUGGAUUUAGGAAGGAGUAAAACAAAAGCAAUGACCUUUUAUUCCCCCCUUUCCUUUGUUCUUUUGAUUUGACUCUGGUUACAGUGCCAUAAACCUUGUUACAUAUGUAUAUCAGAAUGUACAAAAAAAAGACAAAAAUUUAUUUAAAAAUAUUUUUCGCACAAAAUAUUGGUGUGUUUCUGU